AUGAGGCUGUCCUGGAUUGUGCCCAUAGUUCCUGAGGAAGACCAACGCUUUUCUUUCGAAGACAAAGUUGAGACUGUAGAGGACCUCAUAGGAAAGAAAUCGAACAUCUGCUACAAUGACAACUUGCUCUCUCUUGCAAGGUACAUGCAGUUACCUGUACAGUUCUGUCAGUUCAGAGACCCAAUUUUGGGGACACAAUGUAAUGGAAGGCCUCCUUUUCAUGUGCAAUUGAAAUCCAGAGGGACAGGUGUCAUUCUUGAAUGGGUUUGCACUCACGGCCACACAGUUUGGCACUGGAAUUCCCAGCCAGUCCUAAAAUUUGGCAUGCAAGGAGGCGAUUUCAUGCUGUCAACCAACAUUCUUCUCUCUGGCAACAACCACAGAAAAAUCCAUCUCCUCUUCAAUUUUAUGUGUAUGGGAAUGGUGGCUGAGAGUACAUUUUUUGCCAUACAGUCUGAAUACUGCCUAAAGCCUGUUGAGGAGUUUUGGGAAGAGAGUAGAGAGAGGGUGUUGAACAGGCUUCGACAAAAGACUGAAGUAGUUGUACUUGGUGAUGGCAGAAUGGACUCCCCAGGUCACUGUGCACAAUAUUGUACGUACACUAUGAUUGAGCUUGAGACUCGUGAUAUUGUGCACAUUGUGAGCGAGGACAAAAGGAAGUGUGGGAGGAAUUCCGUCAUCUUGGAGAAAGUCUGUUUUGAAAGUACAAUGGACUGCCUUCUCAACGAAAUCCCUAUCAAAGAAGUAGUGACGGAUGCUCACAGACAAAUAUCUGCCUUGCUCGAGCCAGUACGUGGAAAAUACAAGGAUUGGUCUUUAACUCAUUCGCUGGAUGUUUGGCAUGCUUCAAAAAAUCUUGGGAGGAAGCUCUGCGAAGCAGUAAAAGGCAGGGAAAAUUCUGUGCUGAUGUAUUGGGUCAAGGAUAUUGUGAACCAUUUCUGGUAUUGCUGUCAGCAUGCAACAACUGUAGAACAGUUUGAGAUGCUGUGGCAUGGUGUACUACAUCAUGUACGCAAUGAACACACAUGGGCCACAGGGUUCUGUGAGCAUGAGCCAUUGGAUGACAGCAGUCGAGAAAAGCCAGCAAGGUAA